CAAGAUGAAGUCAACACUAGCAACCGUUGCAUUGUUUCUGAUCAUUGCUCAAAUGACGACAACUAUUUGUGGUGUCACAAUGCCUGACUACAUUAAGGUUUGCUCUCGCAAUGAUCCAAAGAUAAACGAAUGUAUUAAGAAUACUGUUCACGAUAUGCGACCCUACCUCAAGGAUGGUAUCAAAGAAUUGAAUGUCCCCGCCAUGGAGCCGCUUUUCAUCGGUGAUCUCAAUAUCUUGGAAGGUGGCAGUGCGGGUAUUAAUGUUAAGGCGAAAGAUUUGAACAUCUAUGGAGCAUCGAAUUUUGAAAUUAAGAAACUGAAAAACUCCAAUAAUGGCAUGCGCUACGAUUUCGAAAUAAAUCUACCACGUUUGCAGGGAGAAGGCAAUUACGACAUCAAUGGUCAAAUUUUAACACUACCACUGCGAGGCAAUGGACCUUUUACCGGCAAUUUCACCAACUUUUAUGCCUUUGUGAAAAUCCUUUUCGAUGUCAAGGUAGUGAAUGGUGAAGAAUAUCUACAAAUCAAUAAUUUGGAAGUGAAAAUUCGCACCGGCAAGGGACGUAUCCGUCUGGAGAAUCUCUUCAAUGGUGACAAGGCCUUGGGUGAUGUUGUCAACGAUACCAUCAAUCAAAAUUUCGAAGUAUUUACAAAUGAGCUGAUUGGACCCAUUGAACGGGCUUUAGAGAAGAAAUUCUUAGCUAUAUCACGUAAAAUUAUUGAAAAUUUCACAUACAAUGAAUUGUUCCCCGUGUAAAAAUACACACU